AUGGGCGAUUUUCAAUCAUUUUCGACAUAUUCCGCUCCCUUUUCGGCGACGGAACUUAUUAAUCGUCCUGAUAAGACAUAUGCCGUCAAAGGCCAAGCUGAAUUCUUGGCUGUUGCCAUCGCACUCGAUGUCCCGAUCCUCAGCGCCCAGAACAAUGUCAUCGCUAGCAUGAACAUCCUUUCAGCUGGUGCAGGUGCUUCAUUCGCUGUGUUUGCAUCAGCUGAAGAGCUCAGCCUCGACGCAGACGAGGACUUUAUUAAUGCGACACCUGGAGUGCGCGAUUGGAUCCAGAAAGCGAAAGACAGUCAAAAGUUUAGACGAUACGUGACUAAAAAGAUCGUUACCGCUCAAGGAGUCGCGAGUGACUCGCCCCAGCUUGCUGCUGCCAUCAACGAGAUACGAGUCCUGUCAAAUGAGACGAUUCGGCAAUGCGACUUUAUUGUUUCGAUACUGGCCAUCUCGUGGAGCGAGUCGCCUAGUGUUGGGCGGUUUUGGCCACAGGUCUUGCUUGAGGCUGCUGAUGAGGGCACUUUGGCGGAGUAUCUAUCCUCAAACAAAGCCGACUUCAAGUCCCAAUUGGCAAUAUCCAUGAACAUCGGUCGCGCGCUCCAGUUCCUUCACGCUCAUGGAAUCGUCCAUGCUGACCUGAAGCCGACGAAUGUGCUGAUCUUUACUUCUGGCUUGGAUGAACACCAACAUGAUCUACUUGACAAAACGGGUCUUCCGCCUAUUCGGGCCAAGCUUUGCGACUUUGGAUAUGCGGUGAUUCUGGAUGAUUAUCAGUCCGAGAAGUUGUUUCAGGCGAGGAUCGGUAGUCUUCCUUGGAUGGCACCUGAACUUGACGCUGAAGAAACUAUCAGAUUGGAGGAUCUUCAUAAGACGGAUAUUUAUUCUCUUGGACUCCUCACUGCUAGCAUCUUCAUGAACUGUUGUACACCCUUCGAGUCACUGAGCCAAGAAGAAGUGUUGGAGAUCAAGAAGAUAGUACCAGGCCAGUCAGGAUCAGCAGUCGCAACACUCAUGGGGAAUAUUAAAGAGAAAACACCUCUUUCGGAACAACAGGAAGAGUUCGUUUAUGCGUUCCUCGAAGGAACUUGCGCACCUUCAGCCUCGGACAGAGUGUCAUUAUCGGCGAUACAGAGUUACCUUUUCCUGGGACUCAUGCAACAACUACAUACAGGAAAAGCAACCAUCCCGUUGGAGUGGUUCAAGGAUCUACGGCCAGCAGCUGAUGGAUACAAGGACGCUCUGGCUGCGCUUGAGAAUAAACAUUCAGGAGUGACAAAUGAAAUCGACCAGGACGAAAUGCUCAUCCAACUCCGACAAAUGUACGAUCAAGUCAUAUCCAUCAAGAUCAACAACCCGGAGUUCGAGAAAAUGCUUGCAACAUGUUUUGAAGACCAUAGCCUCAAACCAGCUAGUCUGAAGAGGUUCAAGAAGAACUGGAAGCCCGAUGAGGAGACUCAGGAUAGCGAUGGCUUUAUCUCUCGAAUGGAGGAGAUAUUUGAUGGAGCUAUCUCCAAAGUUCCAGAUUUUGCAUUUGAGCACACUUUGAACGUAUCACUCAUCCCAAGAGUGGCACAAGAAGAAGUCUUUCGAGAUUUGAGGGAGAGCGUUGAGGCAGGUGAUGUGCAAGACUCUGCUGCGCCACUUCACCUGGCUGGAGCAUAUCUCAAUGGACAACUUGUCGAGACGUCGAUAGAGAAAGGUCUAGACCACCUUGUCACAGCCGCUAUGAUGGAGAACCCUGAUGCAUUGUCUGUCAUCCUUAGGAUCUUUGAUGCUUGCGAGACCCCUUUGCCGCCAGAGAGCAAAGAUGAACUUCUUAGCAAAGUUGAGUCAUACGGAACAAAGACAUUCGGUCUUGCUCAAGCAACGCUAUUCGACCAUUUAGUUCCGAAGCAUCUCUCAACCAAUCAGGUCCUAGGUGGGACUUGGACUGAGAAGUGGCCAGAGAAGUAUGAAGCAUAUCUCGCAGCUGAACGCAGGUUCCCGAAUAUGUUUCUCCUCCAUUGCAACAGUCCCUUGUUCUUGAAGGAUGAGCCGAACAUGGACACCUCAGUGUUCGACUUUGAUCGAUUAGCGUGCCUCAAGGAUGCAGGAAAGAAGAACAUAGAUCCAGAAAGAACAGAGGAGUUCAAAGAGGAAGUUACUCGCCUUGACUGUCUCAAAUGCUGCAGUAAGGAUGGUUUCACACUGCUCCAGAUUGCAGCUUGUAAGAACGAUCUUGUCAUGGCGAGUGCUCUAGUUGAGCUUGGCGCUGAUAUCAACGCCCACGGCAACACUCACGGCUGGGCACCAUUACUUCUUAGUUGCCACUGCGGCCACUUCAACAUGGCAAAACUUCUUAUCGACAACGGCGCUGACCCUACCAUUCGAGAGACUCUCUACGGCGCUACCAUUCUUCACUCCCUAACCCAGUUCUCCAAACGCGAGCAGUGUGAGGACUUAUUCGACAUUGCCUUAUCAGCAGGUCUCGACAUCAACGUCCCUAUGAAGAAUGGCGCAACCCCACUGCACACCACCUUUGCAGCGUGGGAUUAUUCUCAAGGAGUAGCGACUGAGCUUCUGCUGGAGUAUGGUGCAGAUCCGACGAGACAGGUCCAAGAAUGGGAUGGAUUCUUGAACUUCAACACUGCUAUUGCGCAUGCGGCUCAGAAGCUUGACGUUGAUCUUCUACGGAAAAUGUUAGCUGCCUCCGAGGAUUUGGUGGCUAUUCUUGGAUUGUCGGCGCGACGUCAACUCAACGAUGCUAAGGCGCAAGCUUUGAGUGCUCUUUUCAGAAGAACGCGCUUCUACUGUAUGUGCGUUGGAGGUGAAGGGUACAGAGAAAAGUUGGAGACUGUUAUCUCUCUCCUAGCUGACGAAGACGCCCGCUCAGUGAUGAUCGAGCGACGACGUGUUGAUAAGAAACAACCGACAGACCCCUUCCUGACAAUGUGCACGUUCAGAGGAUCCGGUUUCUUUGUGGACGCCUUUCUCAAAGUCUUUCCCAAUACUGUCAUUGACUAUCCUUCGUGGAACCUGCCGAGAUUGUUUCUCCAUGUUGCUAUCGAACGAAGGGAUAUCGAGGCAGUGCGGGCUUUCGUCAGACAAGGUGCGAAUAUUCUCACCAAGGAGAGAGGAGGGCGAAGUGCGCUUCACUUUGCGGCGCACUACUUCCCCAGGAUCUUGCCAGAGCUUCUUAAGACCCUUGAAGAGUCUCGUCUCGAGCAAAGGCAGGGGAAGAGCAUGACAGAGAUAUUGGAGGAACAGUGUAACUCCGGCCUCACGGUGUUUGCUCAACUUCUCGUUGAAGGUUAUGAUGAUGAGCGCAAACUCGCGGAGGCUCUACGGGCCAAGUACUCACUGAAGCAUGACUACAAGAUGUAUCGAGAUGGUAGCUGGGUGACAUUCGGGGGCUAUCUCGUCUCACUCGCUGUCGCCGAUGGCUUGGUACCCAUCGAGCAUAUCCAGUAUCUCCUCAAUCUUGAUCCACUUCCCGAGUACGUAACUACGCCUACGGGGAAGACCUUAUUAGUUACAGCUAUCGAAGGCUUUUCAGGAUCUCGGGACUCGUAUGACCUCGCAUGUCACCAGAUCACAAGAAUGCUCCUAGCGAAGUACCCAGCUUUCGAUGAUGUUUUCCUCGUCGCCGAUGACAGAGAUCGGACUUCUUUACAUGUAGCAGCUUACUGGUCUAACAAGACUGCUUUACAAAUGAUUAAAGACCACUCACAACGGAACUUUCCCAACAAGAAAAUCCCCUGGAAUGCAGUAGCGAGCGGCAACACGGUCCUAGAUCACGCCUUACUCGGUAUAAAAGAGAAAUCUCUUCCGGCGCUUGACACUGAAGUCAAUAAAGUCGCCACACGGUCGACUAAGAAAGCUGCGUUGGCGUGCUACGUGUGCUUGCGUGAGAAUGGAGCGCUGCAUAAUUGGGAGUUGGAAGGGUCCUUGGUAGCGGCACGGCUGAUCAUGUACACGCCUGACUUUCAAAAGAUCGGCCUUUUCUUGAGGCUCGCGACACAGAGACUUGGGCUAGGUCUACCAGAUGUCGACCUUGACAGAUGUGUCGAGGUUGGUACCACCACCAGUCUUGAUGGGAGGCUUAUCCGCGUUCCAGUCGUAGACCUUAUCUGGAAACAUGACAAGUUCAUCCUCAGAUUCUAUUCAGUCCGAAUAUCGUCUUUGGCAGUCGAAGGCCUUCGCCAGUUCCACGGCUGGAUCGAGAAGAGAAUGACAGAGACCGAGCCAAGAUGCUAUGAGAGUUUAGGCCUGCCUGCUGGACUGUGGCCGUUCAUGACUCUCACCUACGACCAACCCAUUCCUUACGCAAAAGACACUAUGCGCUGGACCCGAGGGGGCCGAACUUGGACUGAGGAAGAACACGAUAGCCUGAAAGCUCAAUUUUCUUCACUGUGGGAUGUUUUCUUUGGGGAGGCUGAGGAGCAGUUCUUGUCUAGGCUUGAGAUGGCUUAA